AAUGAAAAGACCUCAAAAGCCCGUAGUGACUCGAAAAAAAAUAUUUUAAAGCUACUUAGUUAUUCUAACCGAGUGAUGCAGCAAGUAAACAAUUUGGUCAUCAAAAGUCUAAAAUUCUUAUAAUCUCUUGCAAUUAAAAGUCCAGAACUGCGUCAGAAGAACACGAGAAACCGACGCUUACUGGGAAAAUUAGAGAUGGGCCAUGGAUCUCCUCAAGGAAGCCAGGAAUGUCGUUGACUUCGCUACCUAUUAUCCAAUGCUGAACAAAGCAACCAUUGACAAUGAUACCCCGACUCCAGGAUACCUCUUCGAAGAUAUCAUCAAGUUGAGCCAUCAAUCUCAAGGUCACAGACACCACUUGGUAGAUUUCCUGAUAGCUCGUCUCCAGAUAUCGUCUUGGCCUGGGAAGCAGAAGGUGGUAAGAAUACUACACCAAAUAUGCUCGAGAGGCCACCGAGGUGUGCGGGUGUAUCUCAGAAGCAAGGAUGGAGACCUCAGAAAAGCGGCAGCCUCUGGGGGCCCCCCGGAUCCAGUCCUGGCCAACACGCCGCAGCUCUUUCUGAGCUCGGCUAUACAAGAACUUCUUACUCUUUUGUUUGACCCCAAAAUCAUGAAAGAAGACGAACUGUGGCUAGCAGGAAAGGAAAAUGUAAAUGAAUACGUCGCUGGGGGAGAUAAGCCUUCCGUGCCUCAAGGUUAUGGUGCGUCUGCUGUCUCGGGCAAAUAUGAAGGGUUUGGAAGCUCUCCUGUUAAACAAGGCGACAGUUUGGUUACGCAGGUGCGUGGCAUGGUCGAGCGAGUGAUAACGCAUACUGGUGAGUCUAAAGGAGUCAGUGUUGAUUUUCUGCAAGGAGAGAAGGGAGACUAUCAACCCAUCUUCCUCCCUUCCCUCGGAGCAUCCGUUCCUUCACCGCAGCAGCCUUUACAUCAGUCCCACCUCCCGGGGCUCACAUCUGGGCAGUUACGUAAGUUUAAGGCCCACAGAUCUGGACGAGCAGGUGGUGGUUGGGAUAGUGAUGAGGAAGGCCAAGAUACUCCGCCUUCUCCCCUCAGCUCCAAUGUAGACUUUUCUUUGCCGCUUCCUGAACAGCAUUCUACAGAGGAAAUACUUGCAGGAGCAGCCGAAGAAGAAUACAUAAUGAAGAUUCUAUAUUCAGCAUCAUGGCCUGCGGAUCCAGAUCGGCUUAUUAUAUCCUGUCGAGAAAGUGCUUCCUUUGACUUGAAUGUGUUUUUUGAGAAGGUAACGGCCAAGUUUGCAGAACUAUGUGAUGUAGGGACAAGGAGUUCAGAUUCAGCAGAGGACAAACCAAGAGAUGUAGAUGCACCAACUCAGAGUACAGAUAUUACAUCAUCAUGUGAACCUGAUAAAGUAACAGUUCAGUUAUUGAUGUUACUUCUGCUUAUUGAAUUUGGGAUACAUUAUGAUAUCUAUUCACCAAAUAUAGCAAAUAUCCAUUUACGAAAAACCUUCCAAACAAUUUCUACAAGUAAGAAUAUAGACUCAAGAGUUCAAAUCAAAGCAAAGAAACUUCGCCUGAUUCUUGAAAAACUUCAGUGAUUAGUAUAAGUAGAAAUUAUUAUUUUUUGUGUAUUAUGUGCUCAUAUAUGCUUUUUCCUCUCUUUUCAUAGCUAGGUCAGAGUUGUCAGAGCACUGUGUGGAAUACAUAAAGCAGCAUUAGGAGUGAGGUUCAGGUUUUGAUAUGAUGGUGAUGGUCAGGUCAAGCAUAGCCAAUAUAUUUUGAAGAGAAUCUUUUAUACAGUCUUUAAAUUUGAUCUCCUUUGAUUAGGAUGUGUAUUCACUGCUGGUGUUAAUCACAAGAUGAAGUCCUAGUUUAAGAUAUUGUAAUUAUUUAUGAGUCAGAGUGAUGACACAGCACUCCCAGAGUUGGAAGUAAUGAUUGCUCUCUCUCUCUCUCUCUCUCUCCAUCUCUCUCUCUCUCUCUCCAUCUCUCUCUCUCUCUCUCUCUCUCUCUCUCUCUCUCUCUCUCUCUCUCUCUCUCUCUCUCUCUCUCUCUCUCUCUCUCUCUCUCUCUCUCUCUCUCUCUCUCUCUCUCUCUCUUGCAUGCACACUUAGCCCUUGCCUACAUGUAUGUCAUUCAAGGAAUGUGUCAACAUAAUCACCACACAGGAGAAAUUCACCAUUGUAUACAUGGUGAAAAUUAUUGUUAAAGAAUAGCUGAUUUAGUAUCACAUGAUUAUAUGUGGUAAUGAAUCUCUAAAGAAUUUUAGAUGUAUGGUUAAAGCCAAAACGAUUUGUGAAUAACAGGAGUGAUGUUUUCUUAGCUUUUCCCUGUCUCUUUUUAAUGUAUACCACCCCAAUCCCAUGCCCAUUGUUAUUGUGUGGGGCCAUGGGAGCUGGUGACUGAGGCCCAAUGCUGGGGAUUGCCCCUAUCUGAGCCUCAAUCUGCAGCUCAGCCAAUUUUGUAUGGUCUUCUCUUGUUUCCCUUUCAUUCUCCUUCUCUUCUUCAAUCCCAUCUACUCUCCACUUUCUAAGGUGUAAGAGCCAUGCUGAGAGGAUAAAAGGCUGGCUUUGUGUCAGUCUUGAAUGGCCUUGGGAUAGCCAUUCAAGUCUGACACCCGUUCCAACCAUUUACGCCUUGUUUUAGUUACAACUGAGUCAUGCUCAUGCACUUUCUACCCUGACUGACCUCGCUGGCAAACCUAUUCCUGGCCAACCUCACCUCAUUAAUACUUCUGCUGGAAUUGUUUCCAUCUCCCUGUCUAAGACAAGAAUGGGUCAGACUGCCAUACUGUGCUACACCAUUCCUCCCAGAGACCGUCAUAAGUCCUACACCAAUAUUGUCAAGAUUACCUCCUCCAUGAAGUUUAUAUUGGUGGAGAGUCCUGCGCUGCCCUUACCUUAUCGACUCCUUCCCCAUCAAUAUCAGAAAUGAUGGCAUUUUGGUCACUGUCAAGUACUGUUACUCCACAACCCACUGCUUCCUUACUCCAUUUGCUCCUCCUCUUUACUCUUUUCAUUAUCAUAUUAUCAAUAUAUAGUGCUAUAUGACCAUUGAUGUGUAGCACAUUUAUUUGUUUUGGCCAUAAACAAUUUAAAAUGUAUAUUACUUUUCAUGUGAUGGUUGUCAUAAUGGCAUCUUUAAAAAAUAUGUAUAUAUAUAA